AUGGGGAUCUUCGCCGGCGGCACCGCUGUCGCCGCCGUGCCGAUCCUCAUCCUCCUGCUGCUGCCGCACCCCGUGGCGCCAUUCUCCUUCACAUACAACUUCACCUCACCCUCGGACACGCCGCCGCCCGGGAUUGCCUUCCAGGGGGACGCCUUCUACAACAAGGCGAUCCGCCUCGCCCGCGACGAGCGCCUCGGCCCCAUCACCAGCAGCACCGGCCGCGCCUUCUACUCCCGCGCCGUCCCGCUCGCCGACCCCGUCUCCCGCCGCCCGGCCUCCUUCGUCACCGCCUUCGCCUUCUCCAUCGCCGCCCCCGACCCGGCCUCCGCCUCGGGCGACGGGCUCGCCUUCUUCCUCUCCCCCGGCGACCACGUCGGCGUCGAUUUCGGGGGAAUCGUCUCCUCCGCCACCGCCGACUGGCCUACCAGCAUGAAGGACGGCCGCACGGCUCACGCGCGCGUCGAGUACGACGGCAGCGCCAAGAACCUCACCGUCGCGCUCUCCUACGGCUCCGCGCGCCCCAACGCCACGGGUGACGUCCUUCUCUGGUACGCCGUCGAUCUGAGGGACCACCUGCCGGACUCCGUCGCCGUAGGCUUCUCCGCCGCCACGGGCGAGGCCGCGGAGCUGCACCAGGUGCUCUACUGGGAGUUCACCUCCACCGUCGACCCCAAGGAGGAGACGGUGGUCCUGUGGGUGGUGCUGGGACUGUGCGCUUUGCUCCUCGUACUCGUCGGCGUGGGCAUCCUCUGGUUCGUCAGGCAAUGGAGGAAGGCCGGACAAUUCGACGACGGCAAGGCGAGCCGGGAGUCAGACGUGUACAGCUUUGGUGUCGUGGCGUUGGAGAUCGCGUGCGGCCGACGGCCGGCAGAGCUCAACGAGGAGCCAAGCAAGGCGAGAUUGGUGCCGUGGGUGUGGGAGCUGUAUGGCAAGAACGCCCUCCUUGAAGCAGCAGACUGGAGGCUGAAGGGGCAAUUCGAUGAGAAGCAGAUGGAGCGCCUGAUGAUUGUGGGUUUGUGGUGUGCUCACCCUGACUAUGCGCAUAGGCAAGCAUCAGGCAGGCCCUGA